GUAAAGGGAGAACAUGAGAGUCGAUCAGCGGCAUUCGGCGGUAGUAAGCAGUAAGCAAGCAGUACGCGCUUGCAUUUUCAUGUAUGUGCUCUACGCUGUUGUAACGAAUGUCCUAUAAUGGUUUUGUCUCUGACACAUUUGUUUCGGUUCUUAUAGUCAUAAGUUUGUGUUAUACCCGUCUUCUUAAACGCACGUGUUUCAAGCUGACCACCAAAUUACACGUGAAAUGAAACUGGUGUACUAAAGUUACUCAGUGAAAGCUGACAAGCAAGAAAUUCGUGUAUCUUUCAUACUCUCAUUCCUGCCAAAAGGAGAUAUUACACGGAAUCAAUGGAAGACUUCCAGCGAAACAUUUAAUCGCCUUAAUGGGCCCAUCCGGAGCAGGGAAGUCGACCUUGCUGGAUAUCCUGUCGGGAUUCAGGACGACUGGCAUGGAUGGAAACAUUUACAUCAACGGUCAUGUCCGACACUUGAAUUCUUUUCGAAAAUGUAGCACAUACAUCACGCAAGAUGACCGUUUAGAAGCUCUGUUGACAGUCGCUGAGAACAUGACUGUCGCAGCUGACCUCAAGCUGCCCACUAGUACCCCUAGAUACGAGAAGGAAACGAUAAUUAAAGACAUCCUGAAUACCUUGGGUCUACACGAGCAUAUGAAUACUCUAACGGAAAAAUUAAGUGGCGGGCAAAGAAAGAGGCUAUCCAUCGCUUUGGAGUUGGUUAAUAAUCCGACUGUUAUGUUUCUCGAUGAACCGACUACGGGUCUGGACAGUUCAUCGUGUAUGCAUGUGGUAAAUUUGUUGAAAUUGCUCGCACGGCAAGGAAGGACGAUCGUCUGCACGAUACAUCAACCUAGCGCCUCGCUCUUUCAGUUGUUUGAUCUGGUUUAUGUACUGGCGAAUGGAGAAUGUUUAUUUCAUGGUGCAACCACCCAGUUGGUUUCCUAUUUGGAAAACGUUAAACUGCCAUGUCCUGUAUACUACAAUCCAGCUGAUUACGUAAUUGAGUUGGCUUGCGGUGAAUAUGGAGAUGACAAAAUAGCGAUGUUAAUAUCGGGCUCAAAGAACGGCAAGAGUACGCAAUGGUUCCAAAAUGCUGAUAGUCUUGCAACUGCAAAUAAUUUGAGAGCGUUGCAUCCGAUUAAGAAGCAUGUGAAUUUAAAUGGAAAAAGUAGUCUUCAUGCGACUUCUUUAAUACAUCAGAUUAAAAUUCUGAUUGAAAGAGGUUUUAUAAAGUCUAAAAGAGAUACUACAUUAACAUAUUUACGAAUCAUAGUCAAUAUAGCCGUUGGUUUAAUGCUUGGUAUGGUCUUCGUUGGAGCUGGAACCGACGGUGCCAGAGUGUUAGAUAAUUAUAAUCUUUUGUUUUCCAUUCUUAUACAUCAUUUGAUGACCACAAUGAUGCUUACCGUAGUUACUUUUCCUAUGCAAAUGAGCAUUCUAUUAAAAGAACAUUUCAAUAGAUGGUACAGUUUAAAAGCAUUUUAUACGGCCAUUACUGUCAUCGAAUUACCGAUUUCGAUAAUAUGUUGUCUACUUUUUACGUUGAUAACGUAUUUGUUCACGUGUCAACCAUUAGAAAUGUCACGAUUUUUCAUGUUUUUCGCGAUUAGCUUGUUAGUGGUUCUAAUAUCACAGGGAGCUGGUCUCAUGAUUGGGGCAGUGUGCAAUGUAAUUAAUGGAACAUUCGUGGGACCAACUUUGACCGUGCCAUUGAUGAUGUUCGCUGGCUUUGGUGUUACAUUACGUGAUAUACCAAAUUACCUUAAGUGGGGUACAUAUAUAAGUUUCUUGCGAUAUGGUUUGGAAGGAUAUAUCGGUGCAAUUUAUGGAUUCGAUAGACCAGUGUUAUUCUGCGAAAGUAACGAAAAUUUGUACUGUCAUUACAGAUAUCCAGCAAAAUUCCUUUCUGAUAUUGCGAUGGAAGGCAAUCAGUUUUGGAAUGAUAUUGUGGCGCUUAUAAUAAUACUUAUACUAACGCGAUGUGCCGCGUAUUUUCUUCUUAAGUGGAAGAUCAUGUCUGUACGAUAAAUCGAUUAAGUUCAAAGUGAUCUUCGAACUUGUUGUUUCGAUUUUGUUUCGUAUCGUAAGCGAUAAACGAUCGCUAUUUAGCUGCAUAGAACGUUAUAUGCAAGGUAAUCGAAGAAUGUAUUUAUACUGUUUCUCUAGUUUUGCAAAUACUUUUUGCUCAAUACAGGGUAAUUUUUAUAGAGAUAUAAAAUUGGUUCAAAAAGUAAUUUUGAUAC